AUGCGAUCGCUAUUGAUAUCGCCCUUGAUCGCUCUGUCGUUCGCCGCCUCUGUCUUCGCUGCUCCCCCGAUCAAGAACGAUGCGCCCGCUCUUCCUCCGUUAAACUUCGCCCGUGACGCCGCUCUGAAUGUAGCGAGAGAUGCGCCCGAUGCCCCAGCAUCACCUGCAAAGGAUCCCGAAGUCAAGGGCGAGACUAACAAAGAUCCCGUCACCGAUGGUGCAGACUCUGGCCCUAAGGGUACUGUCUUUAAUGGCGUCAACGUCCCUCCGAUCACCGAGCUCAGCGGUACUACCCUCGACCAGGACAUCUCGAAGGGCACGUGGCUAGUCGAGUUCUUUUCACCAUACUGCCAUCAUUGCAAAUCUUUUGCACCGACAUGGCAAACCCUCCAUGAAUUUUACUACACCUCCGACCCUCUGCCUUCCUCCAACAAGGAUUCGUCCGAUUCUCUCAACUCCUUCACCCGCUACUACGAUUUCAAGUUCGCUAAGCUCGACUGUGUCGCUUUUGGUUCUGCAUGCUCCGACAAGAGCAUCAACUCGUUCCCGACUGUUGUUCAAUUCAAGGAUGGUAAAGAGGUGGAGCGCAAGGUUGGUGCCUUGCCUAUGAAGGACGAGGUCAAGUGGAUCGAGAGCAUGCUCGAGACCAUCAAGCCUGGUUCCAGACANAAGGACGGCCCCAAGCUCCCAAAGGUUGGAGCCAGCUCUUCGCCAGACUUCAAGGGCGCCGCUGUUGUUGGUCCUGCUAAGGAAGCUGAUGCUAUCGCUGAAGCUACCAAGUCUACCACCUCCACUACCUCGACCAAGUCUCUGCUCAAGGCCACCAAAGUUGCAAAGGAGACUCCCAACCCUGCUGGAACCUCCGUCCCUCUGACUGCCGAAAGCUUCCAGCAAAGGGUCACGACCACCCACGACCCUUGGUUCAUCAAGUUCUACGCCCCUUGGUGUCACCACUGUCAAGCCAUGGCUCCUAGCUGGCACGCCAUGGCACGCGACAUGAAGGGUAAGUUGAACGUCGGCGAGGUCAACUGCGAGGUUGAGCGUCGCCUGUGUAAGGACGUCAAUGUCAAAGGCUACCCCACCUUGAUCUACUUCCAGGCUGGCGAGCGUAUCGAGUACGAAGGUCUUCGUGGCCUUGGUGACCUCAUUAGCUAUGCAAACAAGGCUGUCUCGGCUGGUGAUGGCGUUGUUGAUGUCGACGCUGCUGCAUUCGAAGCUCUUGAGCAGGACGAAGAGGUUAUUUUCCUAUACUUCUACGAUCAUGCGACCACUAGCGAGGACUUCCAAGCUCUUGAGCGAUUGCUGUUGAGUCUGAUUGGACAUGCCAAGCUUGUGAAGACCAAGGAUCCUGCUCUUGCUGCUAGAUACAAGAUCUCUACUUGGCCUCGUCUGAUCGUGUCUAGAGAUGGCAAACCGACUUACUACACUCCUCUUUCNCCCAGAGACAUGCGCGAUUUCCGCAAAGUUUUGGGAUGGAUGCAAGCCAACUGGCUGCCUAUUGUGCCUGAGCUGACAUCUUCGAACGCUCGUGAUAUCAUGGACCACAGACUCGUCGUGCUGGCCAUCUUGAGCCGUGAGCGUAAGGAAGACUUCAUCAUUGCAAGACGCGAGCUCAAGAGCGCCGCCUUGGAGUGGAUCGACAAGGAGAUUCAAGCUUUCCAGCUCGAAAGACAGGAGCUCCGCGAUGCCAAGCAACUGCGUAUUGAGGAGGCCGAGGACCGCAACGACCAGCGUGGGUUGCGGUCAGCCAAGCAAAUUCGAAUCGACAUGAAUGAGAUUGACCGAAAAGAGGUUGGUUUUGCUUGGGUCGAUGGUGUUUUCUGGGAGCGCUGGCUCAAGACGACGUUCGGCAUCGAUGUCAAGGACGGAGAGAAGGUCGUCAUCAACGACGAAGAUAACCAACGGUACUGGGAUCUUACAACAACUGGCAACCCCAUCGUGCCAUCUCGUGUGUCGAUCCUCGAGACAUUGCCCAAGGUUGUGGCAUCCCCACCAAAAAUCAGCGCCAAGCACAAGAACUCGUUCUUUGGGCACUUGAUCUGGACAGUGCGUAGUGGCAUGUCUGCACAUCCCCUCAUAACACUCGGGUUGGCGAUUGGCAUGCUUAUUGGAGCCAGCAUCUGGGGUAGAGGGCUGAUCAGGAGAGGAAAGGCUUUUGGUAACACGGGGUCUNNUUUCUUCACAGUGGGAAGCAACGAGAAGGAUGGGCUACUAGGUGGAGCUGCCACUGGAGGCAAGGUGGAUUGA